AUCUUUUUGAUUUCUUAUAGCAUCUAUGGUGGGUUUUAUCGGGACUACAAUUUUUUGUACAGCCUUUAAUUCUUCGAAAGAAACUAAAGAAUCAAGUUACUCAAAUUUUCAAACGCCUCACCUGACACAGUGUCUCAAGUACGAUUGCGGGAAGCCGACGAAGCCGUGCUUUUUACGAGACGCGCUCGGUCUGUAGAUCCAAGUGAAAACGUCAUUGUCACACGACAGAAAUGUCAUUGGUUGGUCAAAAAUUCUAUAACCAAGAUCUGUCAUAACAAAACAAGCUUCAUUAUUUGAAACGUAUUUGUUGUUGAAAAUUUGGACCGCAUUAAGAAAAAUAAUAAUAAUUAUGUCGGGGGAUACUCCAAGGAAACUAAAAAGAUUCUCUGAAUCAGAUAGGACGUCCGAAUUUGAUGCAGCUACCCAAAAAGCUCUGGAGGAGAUUGAUAUCUGUCAGAACGAAAUAGAUAGCAUAAACGAAAAAUCUAGUGAAGAAAUACUGAAAAUUGAACAGAAGUAUAAUCAGUUACGAAAGCCCUUUUUCGAGAAGAGGAAUAAUUUAAUUAGUAACAUUCCUAACUUCUGGAUUACUGCUAUACAAAAUCACCCUGAUUUAAGUGAGCUACUAGAUAAUGAAGAAGAAGAUUGCCUCCAUUUUUUGAUAAAGAUAGAAGUCCAGGAAUUCGAAGACAUUAAGUCUGGUUAUUGUAUCAAGUUUUAUUUUGAGGAAAACCCUUACAUUGACAACACAGUCAUUACCAAGACAUAUCACUUAGAUUGUGCUACUCCAACUUCCCAAAGUACCAGAAUUAUAUGGAAGGAAGGCUGCAACAUUGGACAAAAUAUUGAACCACCGAAAUCAGGAAGAAAACGCCGUAUUGAAAGGUCCAAAACUUUCUUUGGGUGGUUUGUUGAUAAUGUUGACCCUUACACUGAUGAUAUUGCAGAAGUCAUCAAAGAUGAUCUUUGGUUGAAUCCACUGCAGUACUACCUGGUAGCUGAUGUAGAGGGGGAUGCACAUGUAAGUGAAAUAUCAAGCAGCAAUGAUGAAGAGGAGGAGGAGGGGGAAGAAGAGAGAAGCCAAAAUAACUAAGUCUAUUUUUUUACCAAUGAAGUAUUAUUGUCAUACUUCCAUUUUGAUCAGUUGCUGUUGGUAUAUAAUUCUUAAUAUAAAUAAAAUUGUGAAAGACUCAUUAAAAUAUAAUUGUGCCGCAAUCAUUUUAAUUUUAUAAAUUGUGUCAUCAAAUCUCAUCUAUUCUUAAGAAGUUUUUCCAUGUCUAUUUUUGAACUAACACUGUCAUUCUGUCAAGUAAUAUUAAAAAUCCGUGAAUAACA